AUGGCAGAGGACUUGAUCGCAGUUGGUGAAAAUCGCCAAUUCAAACUAGGAAGCAGUUUUGGCAGCUGUGAAGAGAAACUAUUUCAUACCAUUCGUUAUGACUUUGUACCCGCUUCUAUUGAUGUCCACAGCACUGGCAACAUCAAGAUAGGUGGCAAUAAAGACUGCACCGUGACUUUACCCCAUCACCAAAAUGCAAAUGACCCUCAAUCACCACAGCAAAGUACUGCCACUGAGUUCAAAGGCUCAAUGAGACCAUCUUCCAAAGAAUGCAUUUUACUAAUUAAUAAAAAAUCCAAGACUAUAACAUUAGAAAGAAUUGGCAGCCACAUGCAAUUGAAACGCACAAGAACAGUAAGUUGUCAAGUCAAUUCACAACCUACGAAACUCAAGUUGCGUAAAAUUUCCCAGUCUCCUAAUACAACUUGUAAAAUGAAUAUACCUAGCAAUAAAAGACUUGCUGGCUCUCAAGAUAUCAAGAAAAAUGCUGGUUUAGCGUCAGAAAAAUCAUACAGGUUAAGCGCUAGUAGCAGUGAGGACGAAGACGAUGUGCAGCUGGAGAACGAUUAUGGAAAUAAAGUGAGCGAUGACAGCAGUAGCAAUAGCGACCAUUCUGACAGUAGUGAAAGUGAAGAGGAUACGACUUCAGUAGCUCAAGAUGAUCGUGUAAGCAGCACGGUCAGUCAAAAUACUCGAUCAGCAAGCGAUAAUAAGCGUCGUAGUCUGUAUGAAGCUGCCAAGAAUGAUUUAGAAGAUGGAAUACUCAGUGAAGAUUUGCGUUUAACUGAUUCAGAUACUGAUAGUUGA